UUCAAAAGAUUCAAAGUAAGCAGAUGCGUGUCCUCUUAACGUUCUUCAUUCAAAAAGUUCAAUCAGGUUUUUCAUAAUUUAAAGGCUAAUGUUUUUUAUUGGGUUUCCUGGUAAGACCCCCAAUAGACUUUGAAUUCUCUUGCUGUCUGUUUAAAUCCGUCAACUUGGAUUGCAAGGUUUGUUCUUCAGGUCGUUGGUGAUAGCUACGUUCUUGAAAUCCACUACUGUAAUCUAGUCUUAUCAUCAUAAAUUCGUAAUUUUAAUUCAUAUUCAAUCCGGAGAGGCGACUGAAGCAACUGGGUUCUCUGCAAAUUCAAAAGUUAGAGAAGUAGAGUAUCGUUAAUUAAUGAUGAAGAAGACAUGUUUAGCAAGAAGGUUCCACAAAAAGACGCGAGUGUUUUAUGGCAUCCUGGUGAACGGACAUGCCCCUGAUAAGGAAUUUCUCAGCUGUGACCUUGUAGAGGUUGUAAAAUUAGGACCGCAUCUCCUCCUUCCUGUAAUUUCCUUCCCAGAGAAAGUAUCUGAUGAAAACAGCGGAUCUAAUGCAACUCAGGAUGUAGAAAGAGAUGAUGUUGGUUUCAAGAAGGCAAGUCCGUUGAGAUGUAUUUCGAUAAUGAGAAGAGAGAUCCCAGAAGAAUCAUCUCUUGGUUGGCCUUUACUUCUUGGAGCCAAUUCUCCAUGUAAUAAAGAAACAAAAUUUUCUACAACUAAUAAAUGGGCGUUUGAUCUGCCUCGUCUUGAUAAAAGAGUAGCUAUCGUCAACCAAAACUUAGAGGAAUACGAUGUUAGCGCAGAGGAAGAAUCAAAAGAUGAGAGCUCCAAUGAUCUUUGUUCAAGUUCUUGUUCUUCACCAGCAACCCCAAGUUGGCGUCUUCUCAGGAACAGACUACUUAAUGAUUCCGAUGAAAGUAGGGAGAUGUCAGUGGUUGAGUGGGUAAUGAACCUACCAAGUCGGUCAACUCAACAACAAGAAGUCAAAAUUGCUUUGCCUUGUACGACAAGUGAAGAUUCAGUCGAAAGUGAUAUUUCACCUUCUUGUAAGGAUGAUUCUGAUGAAGAUGACAGUAGCCCAACAGCAUCGGCCAGAGACAAGGAGCUGUCUCUGAAAUUGAUCUCCAAUGGUUGCAGGCAAUUCAGCUACAGAGAGCUCAAGCAAGCGACUUAUAAUUUCUCCUCAGAGAAAUUGAUUGCGGAAGGAGGGUGUAGUAGGGUGUACAAAGGGUGUCUGCCCGGCGGCAGAGAAUUGGCGGUGAAGAUUCUGAAAUCAUACGAGCAAGCUCUUAAUGACUUCGCUUUGGAAGUUGAGAUUCUCUCUUCACUCAACCAUCAAAACAUUACGCCUCUUUCGGGUGUAUGCUGUGAAAAUGGACUCCUUAUCUCCGUCUACGACUUCUUUCCCACUGGAAGUUUGGAGGAAAACCUCCACGGUGGAAGUGUAUUGCCAUGGGAGACGCGGUUCAAAGUGGGUGUAGCUAUUGCGGAGGCUCUAAACUAUUUGCACAAUCAAUGCUCUCCGUCUGUUAUUCAUAGAGAUAUCAAAUCUUCCAACAUUCUUCUUUCUCAAGAUUCUCGCCCACAUUUAUCUGACUUUGGACUUGCCAUAUGGGGACCUCAGACAUCCAUUGAUGAAGUGGUAGGAACAUUUGGGUACAUAGCUCCAGAGUAUUUUAUGCAUGGAAGGGUGAGUGACAGAAGUGAUAUAUACUCCUUUGGUGUUGUUCUUCUUGAGCUAUUAUCUGGAAGGAAACCAAUUUAUCACGAGGCAUUCAAGGGGCAAGAGAGCUUGGUCAUGUGGGCAAAACCAUUACUAGAUAGUGGGAACAUCGAAGAGUUGAUUGACCCAAAAUUACAUGGCGACUUUAACAUUGAUCAAAUGCACGGAAUGGUUUUGGCUGCAACCCUCUGCAUCAACCACUCUGCUCAAUAUCGUCCAAAUGCAAACCAGAUAUUACAAUUAUUAGCAGAGGAAAGCGAUAAGAACGAAUGGAUGAAUGCUUAUAUUACAAAUUUGAAAGAGACGGAGAAGGAAAUGGAUGGAGAUGACUAUUUUACAGGGUUGAGCUGCAUCACGCAGCAGCAACUGGAUUACUUGCUUUUGGAUCCAGAUUGUAAAGGAAAUGUAAGCAUCUUUAAGUCUUGUGUUGAUACCGCAUCAGCACAGAGCACUGGACAAAAACAGCACUUCACGUUGGAAGAUUACUUGAAAGAACAGCACUUCUCGUUGAAAGAUUACUUGAAAGAUCAGCGUUACUGAUUAAAUAAAAAACUAAUGGCAAACAAGUUUUGAAUCUGGUUGCCAUGAAGAAUAAUUCCCUUUUCGCAAGAACAAAAAACGAUGUACAGCAACUUUCUCUCUGCACUUAACAUGUCCGGAAUUGUAUUAUAGUGGCAGUGAGCAUUUUUUUUCUUUUAAAA